UGGGCAGGUAUAAGCUGGAUUCAGCCUGGUUUUGCUUUCCACUGUAACAGGGCAGCACUGAGUUCAGUGCAAAGUCUUACAAUCGCUGUGCCCUCCCUUCCCAAGCACACAGAUUUCUCUGCACCACGUGGUCACUGUAGGAGAAGGCGGAUGGUGGGUGGAGCCUUCUGUUACACAACCUUGUUCUGCCUUCCCAUUUCCCUUUCUGUUCAGUUUCUAUCUGAGGCUAGCCAAUCCCCUGUGAUCUAGGGGAGAUGGGUGGGAGGAUGGAAGGAAAGGGGAAGUAAAACAAAAAAAUAAGAACCACCCAGAAGCAUACAGAAAAUUGGGCACUACUAGACAAUUUGACAUUGCAAAGUUUUCCCAGGCUAAUUCGUCACCUUUUAGGGAGUUUGCUGAGCAAAUUAGGUGUCUGUAUACAGAGCCUUUAGGACUGCUUUUGGUGGAAAGAGAGCAUUUGGUGCUAAUUCACUGUGUUGGUGGGAACACUGGCUACACUGAAAAGUUUGAGAAAGUUAUCCUGUAAACCGACUAGAAUCAGGUGCUUUUGUUUCUGAAGUGCUUUGUUUCAGCUGUGAGUUCAACAUGGAGGCAAAUCAGUGCUCCCUGGUGGUGGAACCAUCUUACCCAGACCUGGUCAUCAAUGUAGGAGAAGUGACCCUUGGAGAAGAAAACAGAAACAAGCUGCAGAAAGUUCAGAGAGACCAAGAGAAGGAGAGAGUUUUACGGGCUGCGUGUGCUUUAUUAAACUCAGGAGGAGGAGUGAUUCGGAUGGCCAAGAAGGAUGAGCAUCUCGUGGACAUGGGGCUGGAUUUAGAAACGUCUUUGAGAGAGCUUAUUCAGUCUUCAGAUUUGCAGGCUUUCUUUGAGACCAAGCAACAAGGAAGGCGUUUUUACAUUUUUGUUAAAUCUUGGAGCAGUGGCCUUUUACCUGAAGAUGGCUCUGUCAAACCCCGCCUUUGCAGCCUCCGUUCUUCAUUACACCGUAGAUCUGGGACAUCUGAACUUCUCAUGAACUCAAGAGAGGCAUUCUGUUUCCUGAAGAAAAAGAAAAAUGAUGCAAAAAUCUUGGAAGAAGGACCUUUUCACAAAGUUCACAAGGGUAUACACCAAGAGCUCCCUAACUCGGAUCCUGCUGACCCAAUUUUCCAAAAAGACUAUCUCGAAUAUGGUGAAAUCCUGCCUUUUCCUGAGUCUCAAUUAGUAGAGUUUAAACGGUUCUCUACAAAACACAUCCAAGAAUAUGUAAAAAAGAUAAUUCCAGAAUACGUCUCUGCAUUUGCAAACACUGAUGGAGGCUAUCUUUUUAUUGGAGUGGAUGAUAAGAGUAAGAAAGUUCUGGGAUGUGCAAAAGAAAAUGUUGACCCUGACUCUUUGAGAAGGCAAAUAGUGAAAACAAUACACAAACUACCUUGUGUUCAUUUUUGCCAAGCCCAGUGCCAGAUAACCUUCACACUCAAAAUCGUGGAUGUGUUAGCUAGGGGAGAUCUAUAUGGUUAUGCUUGUAUGAUCAGAGUAGAGCCAUUUUGCUGUGCAGUGUUCUCUGAAGCUCCCAAUUCAUGGAUAGUGGAGGACAAGUAUGUCUGCAGCCUGACAACUGAGAAAUGGGUAGGCAUGAUGACAGACACAGAUCCAGAUCUUCUAGAGUUGUCUGAAGAUUUUGAAUGUCAGCUGAGUCUAUCUAGUGGGCCUCCCCUUGGCAGACCGGUGUACUCCAGGAAAGGCCUUCAACACAAAAAGGAACUCCAGCAACUUUUAUUUUCAGUCCCACCAGGACAUUUGCGAUAUACUCCAGAGUCCCUCUGGAGGGACCUGACCUCAGAGCACGAAGGACUACAGGAGUUAAUAAACAAGCAAAUGCAACCUUUCUCCCAGGGAAUUGUGAUCCUUUCUAGAAGCUGGGCUGUGGACCUGAACUUGCAGGAGAAGCCAGGAGUCAUCUGUGAUGCACUGCUGAUAGCACAGAACAGCACCCCCAUUCUCUACACCGUUCUCAGGGAGCAGGAUGCAGAGGGCCAGGACUACUGCACUCUCACCGCCUUUACUUUGAAGCAGAACCUGGUGAACGUGGGGGGCUACACCAGGAAGGUGUGUGUCAGGGCCAAGGUCCUCUGCCUGAGUCCUGAGAGCAGCGCAGAGGCCUUGGAGGCUGCAGUGUCUCCGAUGGAUUACCCCGCGUCCUAUAGCCUUGCAGGCACCCAGCACAUGGAAGCCCUGCUGCAGUCCCUCGUGAUUGUCUUGCUCGGCUUCAGGUCUCUCUUGAGUGACCAGCUCGGCUGUGAGGUUUUAAAUCUGCUCACAGCCCAGCAGUAUGAGAUGUUCUCCAGAAGCCUCCGCAAGAACAAAGAAUUGUUUAUCCACGGCUUACCUGGCUCAGGGAAGACCAUCAUGGCCAUGAAGAUCAUGGAGAAGAUCAGGAAUGUGUUUCACUGUGAGGAAAAGAGAAUUCUUUACAUUUGUGAAAACCAGCCUCUGAGGAACUUUAUCAGUGAUAAAAAUAUCUGCCAAGCAGAGACCCGGAAAACUUUCAUAAAAGAAAAGUUUGAACACAUUCAACACAUCGUCAUUGACGAAGCUCAGAAUUUCCGUUCUGAGGAUGGGGACUGGUAUGGGAAGGCAAAAACCAUCACUCGGAGAGCAAAGGAUGGCCCAGGAAUUCUCUGGAUCUUUCUGGACUACUUUCAGACCAGCCACUUGGAUUGCAGUGGCCUCCCCCUUCUCUCAGACCAGUAUCCAAGAGAAGAGCUCACCAGAAUAGUUCGCAAUGCAGAUCCAAUAGCCAAGUACUUACAAAAAGAAAUGCAAGUAAUUAGAAAUAAUCCUUCAUUUAACAUCCCCCCUGGUUCCCUUGAGGUACUUCUUGAAGCUGAAUGGCCCCAGGGUGUUCAGGGAACCUUACAAAUUAAGAAACGCUUGACUGUGGAGCAAAUAGUGACCUUUGUGGCAGACACCUGCAGGUUCUUCUUUGAAAGGGGCUAUUCUCCAAAGGAUGUUGCUAUACUUGUCAGCACUGCAAAAGAAGUGGAGCGCUAUAAGUAUGAGCUCUUGAAAGCAAUGGGGAAGAAAAGGGUUGUGCAGCUCAGAGAUGCAUGUGAUAUGUUGGGUGAUCACAUAGUUUUGGACAGUGUCCGGCGAUUCUCAGGCCUGGAAAGGAACAUAGUGUUUGGGAUCCAUCCAAGGACAACUGACCCAGCUAUCUUACCCAAUAUUCUGAUCUGUCUGGCUUCCAGGGCAAAACAACACCUAUAUAUUUUUCCAUAGGGUGGCCAUUAGGAAGAACUCCAAACCAAAAUGCUCUGUAAAUGUCUAUGGUUGCAGUCUGCUGAUGGUAGAAACCUUUCUUUUUAGUUUACAAGUCAGAGAUUUGGACAGAGCUGACACAAAGAGUUUGGAGCUCCCCCAUUUCUGGCUCUCCUUUCAGGGUUCCUCACCCAACUCUUUUCGGCAGUGGUGGUUGCCCCCGUUCUGACCCCUGACUCUUUCAGCCAGAAAGAUGGUGGCUUUCUAAAGGAACUUUAGCUGUCCUGCACAACGCAGAUCUGUGUCUUGCACUUUGGGUAAAAGCCAUAAAAAUAAGAAACUCAGUGUGUGGCCUUUCUUUCUUCCAAGGCUGGGCUUCUUUUUUUAAGUCCCUUCAUGUAAUUUGUUGUUUUUAAAAAUUUGUCCAGAAUUGUUUUCUGCAGAAGCCUGGUCUGUUAGGAGCUUACUGGCCAUAGCAGAAGCAAUUGUUCCUGAAUUCUUCACAUUUAUCUUUGCUGUAUUCAUUUAGUGCUUGGGAUAGUCCCAAGAUAAUUCAGUCACUGUCAGAUUAAUAAUUUUGUCAGAACAAAGAAUACCAUUGUGAAUAUUUAAUCCUUUAAAAUUGUGAUCUCCAGAGCUUGUUCUCAGAAUGGCACAGACCAAGCCUUAAUUGUGAUAGUGAACAUUAAUGGUCACUUUAAAGAUAAAUUAUAGGCCAAAAUGAAAUGAACAGAAACCUGUUUGCCCUGGCUUUCAGUGGAAGAUAAUAUUAGAGACCAAAAUCUAGUUCUGAAGGUGUGUAUCAGCCCUAAGGUGAACCGAACUUGGGAAAGAUUGUCUUUAAAAACCAAUGAGUUUAUGUUUUUAACUUCUCAGUUUAGUUCUAUACAUUGCUCUAUAACACACCUAGUGAAGUUUUAUGUCAUUCUUGAACUAUGAUUUUUUUUUCCAUUUAUUUUCAUGGUUUGGUGGGCCAUUGUUAUGGACUGAAUGUUUGCAUCCCAUCCUUCAUCCCCAAAUUCCCAUGUUGAAGCCCCAACCUAUAGUGUGGAGCUGGGGCUGUUAAAAAAGUAACGAAGGUUACAUGAAGUGAUGGUGGGGCUGUGAUCUGCUAAGGUUGGUGUCUUUAUAGGAGGAGACACCAGAGAGCUUGUUCCCUCCCUCCUUGUGCAUGCAAACAAGAGGGCAUGGGAGCACACAGAGAGAUGGCAGCCACCUACAAGCCAAGAGGAGAACCCUCACAAUGAAACUCUUGCUGCUGGCACCUCUGUCUUGGACUUCCAGCCUCCAGACUGUGAGAAACAAAUUUCUGUUGUUUCAGCUGCUCAGUCUCUGGUGUUUUGUUAUUGCAGCCCGAGAACACAGCUGUAUGAUUAUUUGUCAAACAGAAAACACUGAUACUUAACAAUACUAAUGCAAUUAUUUAUUUGCUUUUCAGUCUCUACAAAACAUUCUAAAACACUAAUCUAAAUGCUAACAAUAAAAUAUUUGCAUAACUAAUGGAAAUUAAGAAAUCAUAUGCCUAACAUUUCACUUAUUAAUAAUCUUACUCUGCUGAUUUCCCCCCAGAUUGUGAGUUUUGAACUUCCCUGCCUUUCUCCUGUCUUUCUGUGUUAACUCAUGGAAUUCCAGUUAUCUAGCCUUGAAAUUGUAGGUUCUCCUAACUUAAGCAAAAUCUGACAGAUCAGCAAAGUAAGGAGAAAAAUGCUGCUUCUUUCUUUCUGACUGCACUAAAUCAGGUACAACUCAGCAUUAAAAAGCUAUCUUUGUAAAUGUUGUUCCUAAUAAAUUAGUCUUAUAAGAUCCCUGAACUUUGGAGUUGUUGUAAUGUCUUUGAGAGUAAUUCUUUAAAAGUCUAAUUUUGACUGGUUGUAUCUCUUUAUGACUUAUUGCCCCACUAACAAUAUUUGAAACAAUAUAUAUUUUUAAAUGUAUAAAUAAUUAUGAAUUUUUGUUUAGACCAAAGAGGAUUACUGAUAUUUGUUUCCAAAUGAAUGGCAAAAGAUUUAGCUUACAGAUCUACUGCAUUUCUGUUUUAAAUAAAAAGUUGAGAGUUUGUGUCUCAUUAAACUG